GCGUUUUGUGCAAUUUUUGUGGAUUAUAUUUCUAUCGACAUGUUGCUGAUCGUUUUCGGAUGUCUCUUAGCUGCAGCUAUGGCUGCACCUCAAAAUUUCUACAGACAACCCCAGUACCAACAAAGGCAACAAGUCUACAGCAAUCAACCUGCUGUGCCGAUUGUCUCUGAGUCAAAUGAAAUUAAUCCCGAUGGUUCUUUCAGUUACAGUUACGUUUCGGGAGAUGGUGCUCAAGCACAAGCACAAGGAUAUCUGAAAAAUCAGGGACAAAAAGACAAUGAAGCCGAAGUUAUCCAGGGAUCUUAUUCCUAUACCGCUCCAGAUGGUACUCCAAUUACUGUCAACUGGAUAGCCGAUGAAAAUGGUUUCAGAGCUGAAGGUGCUCAUAUUCCAACACCUCCACCAAUUCCAGUUGAAAUCCAAAGAUCAUUAGACCUCAUCGCCAGGCAGCCAGCACAAGUUCCCGUCCAGUACAACAGACCUGCGGCGGGCGGUUUCUCGGCUCAAAGAAGAUAUAAUCGAUUCUGAGCUAAGUAGAAGCUCAGACAUGUUAAGCUUUAAUGGACGCGUGCGAAUUAAUUGAUUGUAUUGUGAUGAUUUAGUAAUUUUAAUAAUUUUGCUCCGAGUGAUGUUUAAACUAACAUUUUGUACAUAACGAUUUUUUUAAAAAUAAAUGACAUUCAUUUCAA